AUGGAAUGGAAAUCAGCAGUCCACAAGAGUCAGUUUAUUACGGAUAAAAUGGAUGAAGGUGAGAAAAAUUUAAAUACUGGAAACAAAAUUGGGUCAAUUACGUUGCAUAAUUGUAUGGCCUACGUUACAUUUAACGUUAAGUGGCAAGUGCAUCGCUGUUUUCUUUUAAAAAGGCUCCCCCUGAUAUCAUAUCACAAGAUUGUAAGAUGCUGAUAACAAACGCAGCUAAGUUUGUCUCCUUCUUUCGUUUGUACCACCCUAAUUAAAAGCUAUCGAGUAUUUACGUUCAUCGGGGUAUCUGAAAGGUGACGGGCUAUGAAGUAUGCUCCCCAGCCUUUCUUGACAGUUGGUAGCUCAACUUAUUUACCGACCACGGUGCACGUGAAGUCCCAAAUCAAAAGACUUGUUUACGUCCUCUGUGGUCUAAAUUUUUUAGGGUGAAAGAAUGGACGGCCCUAAAUAGUGAGAAAAACGUUCUUCCUCGAGAAUUUAGAAUACAUUUAGACAUAUUUCAUGACUUUGUCCCAGCUAGCUUUAAAAAAAAAACAGAAGAACAAUGCGGGAGGGAUCAGUUGCGGAUGCGUAAUUAGUAGAAUGCGUUUUAUAAGAAAGACACACAAUCAAAAUUCUCCAUCAUAAUUUUUACUUAGGCCAUGAUAGAGCAAUAUUGAUCCUAAUAUAACAUGAAAAGCUCAUAAGCUAGUCUUAACGGAAGGGAGAAUCAUAAUUCAAGAGAUCUGAUGCAGAAUGUUUUAGUUUUUAUGGCGAUUAAUUACAGCCAUGGUGAGCUGAGAAAAAACAUCGAGACUGAUAAUGAUUUUUAAGUUCUUCCUUUUUUUCGUUCUUCUUUGUUACAUAAAUGAGAUCGCAUGCAGACAGCCUACAUAAAUUAAUUUACUUUUGACUCUAAUUGGUUUAAAAUACUUAACAACUUCAGAUAUAAAAAUAUGAUACAAAAAGGACAAAAGGGAGGGGAGGUGGUGCCCAUUUGAAAAAGACGAAGAUGAUUAUUGAACUUCGCCGAUUUUGGUCUGAAAAAGGGUGUUGCAACUGAAAGCCAAUCAUCAGUUUAUCUUUUACAAGUAUCGCUUAGGAUAUUACGUAAAGAACUAUCUGUUCAAACUCGCGUGACUGGGUUGCAUACGGCAUUCGAUGUCAACUUUUUUAGCAACAUGAAAGUUUCUAUAGCUCUUGUGCCCUAAUUUGGUUUCACAAAAAACCUGAGACGCUCCUAGAGGCGAUUUAACCCAAAUUUUCCCACUAGCAUCCCCGGCCCUUUUUUUUAUGAUAGUCGCCCCUCCAGCUCAGGAGCAUGUGAUGCACUUCCCAAAGUUUUGUAGAUUGCUUAACCAGUUGAGAAGUCAAGGUUGAAAAUUAGGGAAUGGCAUUCUGAUACCGUAUACUGUAUCACCUACUCAAAGGAAUUAUAUGAAGUGCCAUACUUUCAGGUCAAGUGUAGGCGUUACCAAAGUUUCCAAGUUCACUAAAGUUCAAGUCUAUACUUCUAUCACUAAAAAGAAGCGAUAGUUUCUGCCAAACAUGUGGCUUGGCGCACUCGUUAUGAGUCUGCAAAUGACUACAAGGAAUGGAUCAUGCCAUUGCUUAAUUUUCUAUACGUUUUCAUCUGAAGAGCGAUCCAUGGUUGACUUCAGAUCUCUGUAUGUAAUUAUUAACGGAUUAUUAUUAUGGCAGUACAAACGUCUGGAUGCCCAGAGUAAAAAAUAAAAGCUUUGGCUGGGCGGCAAAUCUUAACCAGCCGCUGCAUCGACUAAAAUUUGUAGUAACAAUUGCACAAUAAUUUGCGCCAAAAAAAAAAACCUGGGUAAAAAUGAUUUGAUAAAAGUGUUAUAUAAAUAAGUAAAUAAAUGAACAAGUAAAUAAAUCCUACAAGCUUUAUGGACGUCUUAAUUAUAAAAUGAAAAUGUUCAUAAGUUAAACCAUCCUUCAUAUAGCUGUCCAACGUCUGAGGUAUGUAAAUAAAAUUUCGAUAAUGUACAAGAUUAAGUAUCUGUUAUUAUUAUUAUUAUUAUUAUUAUUAUUAUUAUUAUUAUUAUUACUAUUAUUAUUAUCAUUAUUAUUAUUAUUAUUAUGUGUUGUUAUUGUUGACAUUAUGGAUACAGAAUUUAAGUAGUAACUUUUUAUCAGUUUGAAUUAUUAUUUUUAAAUAGUUUUUUUUUUUUUUUUAUUAACUUUUUGAUGCUUUUUAAAAAUUUUAGAAGUCUUUAAAUGACAAUUCUCUUUUUCAAGAAGAAGAUUUUUGUUUUCAUUUAAACCUAUGAAUAAAGUUUUGUAUUAUUAUUAUUAUUAUUAUUAUUAUUAUUAUUAUUAUUAUUAUUAUUAUUCUUGUUAUUGUUGUUGUUAUGGAUACCCAGAAAAAUUUUAGUGAAUGUUUCAGAUGUUCUUUCGAAGGAAAUCAAAAUCAUCGUCGAUUUUCGGACAAUCUCUCCUUGUCUCCUUGUUCAAAGCACAACCAAAUGGUUUAAAACCACUGAACACUCAUCUGCACAUUUGUUCCCUGAUCCCCUUUGGAAGGGUCGGCUUGGGCGUGGAUAGGGUAUGUGGGAAGUGCAGGGUUCCCACAUAAUGACCCAAACAACUCCUUGCCGAACUACCCAGAUUUUUCCCAAAUGCUCCACAAUAUAGCCAAAACUUGCAAAGACCUGCAGAUUUGAAAUUCUUAGUAGUUUCAACGAGGUAAGCGGCAAAUUUGGUUGAAAGCCCAGUUAUUUACUGUACCCAAUACCUAACCUGACUGAACCUAUCGAGGACACCGGGCCUAGGUAGCUCAUUACCAAAGACACUCUUAGUGCCAAGAAAAUUGUUUUGAAAAAAUAGAUUUAUCCCAAACGUUUUUUAAAAGAGAAGUAUGUGGGAUCGGCCGUAAUGACAGACCUUCAGUCAUAAGUGGACAAAACUCUGCAAAAGAAGAUGAUCUUCAAAUUAAAAAAAUCUGCAACAGGUGAUCCUCAAAAGCCAUAAUGGGACCGGUUGUAAUGGGACUUGGUAAUCAUUCAAUUCGCUAACUUCAACAUUAUUUUGGUAUAACAAGAUGCAUGCUGAAGGCAAAGUCUGACUAUUCCAGAUAAGCUUCGUGGCCGGGUAUUACGGCAGUUAGCAUGCACAGUGGGGGUGGAAUUACCAUCAUUGACCAUUUCAACACUUCAGCGCAGUGAAAGAUAUCCACAGUGAUGCCUGUAUAUAAAAGCUACAAUUGCACUAGCUAAGUGAAGAAACGUUGAGUGACAACAACCAAGAGGGAUCGAUAAUGUAAUUUUUUGUCUAAAGAGCUAUUUGUUUCUGGGAAACCUAAUUCUUUUACUGGUUCAUGGAUGUGUAGUUGGGCAUCGAAGCAUUGCUCCUUUUCUCUGUCUCUGCUCAUUGCAAGAAAAUCACUUCUAUCUACGGAAGGUAUUUUACAAAUAGUAGAAGAACGCGAGGAGCAAACAACUGACAUAACAGCAUUGUAGAAGCAGUUAUUCAAUUAAUUAGCAUCAGCUUUCAAGGUACAUGGCUACCGCUUUUCGCUUAAUGAAUUCCCCUUUGCAAGCUACCCUUCUGGAAAAUGCGAAAGUAUUCGCUGCAUAAAUUCUGUGUUGUCAGCAACUGCUUUUUGAAUUCCUCAGAAGGUUGCUUUGUUUGAUAACACAAUGACUGCUUUCCCAAAUUUAGACUUAAACAAAAAUGUGUACAUCUUUAGAACAAUCUGUACGAUGUGACAGAUAGAGUACAAUGAGCCUCCUUCAGAAUCUUUAGAGCCUCUUUAGUGUUUGAAAGAGGAUGGCGAUGUUUUAGGUAGAGCAUCAGUGACUAUCAAAUUCAAGUAUGUGGAAUAUACACUUUUUCUUGCUUUCCUAAAGGCUUGAUACUAAGUCGAAAGAUCAGGUGAUUUUAUAUGAUAGCUAAUGAUGUUACCACGUAUCGAAUUGUACUGAAAAAUGAAAGGUGUUUCCUUUGUUUCCGAAGCAAUCAAGGGAACUAAUCGCCUCGUGCAGAAGUCUUGUAAACGGGCUAUGAAUAACACGUUUCUUGACCACCCGGAGAGUUUGUUUGGGAUAAGCACGAGCCUUCGCCGCAUGCACAAAAAGGCUCAGUUUUGUUACUUACCUGUUCAUCAAUUCGACACAUUUCAAAGUUCGGUCGCUUUUAAUCGUCCGCGCCCUCACAAAUUUCACGCCUACUAAACAGCUUUGGCAAAUAGCCGUGAUCGUUUUAGCAGAGCAUUCUCACGUCAUCCCAGUUUAUUAAAAAAGCGCAAGGCUUUCAAUGCUAGCGCAGGGGUCACGAAUAUUUCCUAUACAUCUUUUGUAAAAUCCUUGACGACCAAAAGGGGGGCUUGGCAGCUGGCAUGUGGUUCAUCCCAAACCACAGGAGUGCAAACUAUCCAAACCCACUGGUCUUCAACUGCAAAAAGGAAACAGCUUUUGGUACAGAAUUUGGCUUCUUUUAUGACACCGUGGAGUUGUGCUAUAAUAAUUCCGGAUUGUAUUAUAAAGCUCGUUAGAUAUAGAGUCAUUCGCCAUUCACACUAACUCAGUGUAAUGGCCCAUGUACUGAUCAUUAUUCUGAUCAGAUCUGUUUUGCAUUUUAAAUGUGCAUGAGACUCUAUCGUCAAUUUUUAUCUUCCAGAAACCGCAACUGUACACAUAUAACCGAAGGUCAACUAGAAGCUUUAGAAAAUUAUGAUUUUAUCACUUUUCUUUUAACCCCAAAUUAUAAUAUGAAUAGAUCGCCAUAAGUGAUUAAUUGUGUGUUUUGACAGUCAUCUGCAUAACUUUGAAUCUUUUCUUCUCUUCACUAACAGGGCAUACUGCUUCAUAACACCGCUUGGACGGACGACAAUCACAGAAUCUGUGAUUGAUUAAGUGACGGAAAACGGAGACGUGUAGCAGAUUGAUGUUGCGCGCUUCGGGAAUACGUCGCCUAUCUUUGACCAUCGACAAGAUUGGUUUACAUAGCAGAGAUUAGAUCGCAAAGACUGAGCUAAAUCUCUCUUGAUUAAGAGUGUUUAAAGCAAUAUCAACAGCUAAUAAGCCGGCAAGUCGGUCAGGAAUCAAACUCAACGCGUUGGAGGAUGACAAGGUUUUACUUCCAUUAAGAUCGCCAGUAAUCAGUUCAGCUAUGGAACGACAGGGUUUUGUUGCUGUGACAAAUUUUCUCGCUUUAUUUAUAUUGUUUUCGAACUUUUAUCGGCGUGAUAUCAAUGCUGUGCUUGCAACUUCGUCUGCUCUGACAAACUCGUGUUAUGACGAGUAUGGAAGACCACAGAUGUGUCUGCCAGAAUUUCACAACCUGGCUUACGGUAAACGAAUCAUCGCUAGUCACUCGUGUGGCAAACCUCCUCGGGAAUUUUGUAAAUGGGAGCUACGAGGUUACACAUGUGAUGUAUGUGACUCAAGAUUUCCAAGCAAAGCUUACCCCGUCGAGUAUCUGACAGAUCUACACAACCAAAACAAUGUGACUUGCUGGCAAGCUGAUCCUAAACAAUCGAGAGGGAAUGUUUCCCUAGUACUAUCCCUUGGUAAAACGUAUGAUAUAACGUACAUUAGCCUCCAAUUCUGUGGCACAAGGCCAGACUCUAUGGCUAUUUACAAGUCAGUGGAUUUUGGUAAGAGUUGGAGACCGUAUCAAUUUUACUCUAGCUCGUGCAACAGAGUCUAUGGAACGCCAAAAAAAGCUUUCGCCAGCAAAGAAAACGAACAGGAGGUUUUAUGUACGGACGCACAUCUCAUAAGACCUCUUCAAGGAGGCAGAAUUGCCUUUAGCACCCUGGAGGGACGGCCCUCAGCGAAAGAUUUUGAAGCUAACAUCGCUCUGCAGGAGUGGGUCAGUGCAACCGACAUCAAAGUGGUCUUCGACCGUAUCAGUUAUUCAAAGACUCGAGAUACGAGUAAAUACUAUGCAGUAUCAGACCUGGCAGUUGGUGGACGCUGUCACUGCAAUGGCCAUGCAGGCAGCUGCUCUACUACUCGUGAUGGGAGGCCUGUGUGUGACUGUAAGCACCAUACGGCUGGAAAUAACUGUGAGAAAUGCAAGGCUUUUUUUAACGACAGUCCAUGGAAGCCUGCUAGCGAGACGUUUGCCAACGAAUGUGUGGGUAAGUUUACAGUCUUACAAUUAUUUGUAACAGUAGUUCCUCUAUCUGCCUAAGUAAAAUCUCGAGUCAACUUCUACGGUUUUACGGAGAGUAAUUGCGAUCGCAGUUUGAAAAAAGAAUGGACAUUAACUUUUCGAUUUAAAAUAUUUUCCUAUUUGAAUUAUCCCUUUUUAUUUUUAUUUUAUUUUUAUUCUUUUUUUUUUCCUGAUGUCCGGUAGUUUUGCUUCGACAAAUCACAGCGUGUAUUCCUUCCCUACUGAUAUGCACAGGGGAGGAUGUUAUUUGUUGGCGGUGUUGUUCUAUUGACAUGACCGAGAUUGUUUGGCCUCUUUUGGGCAUCCUGAAAUAACUGUCAUCGCUGCACAUUAGGCUAAUUAGCGCUCAUGAUAGCACCAGAUAAACCCUAGUUCGAUUCGAAAAUAUUUCAUGCAAAAUUUUAAAAAAAGAAACUUUGUGGUACGAUGCGAACGUUCAUAAAUAAAAUCAAAUGGAAUUUUCCGGCUUUUUUAAACGUUAUUAGCGCUUUGGCAAAAAAAAAAUUGUCGGCUUUCUUUGGGGAGACAAAGGAUCAAUAGAGGGCCCAGAAUGUCUGAUGUCAAGUUAGUGGACAAUAAAUGAGGUGUUACCCAUCUAAAGACUGCUAUUUUCUCUGAACAUUAACAAGCGCCUAUUGUGUGAAAAAUUGCUGUACAAUUAAGGCACGCUAAACAGGGUACUGGGGUACGCUAGGGUUUGACAGGGAGUCCAAUAGACCAUAAAAGGUCUUAUUAAACCAAAGGUAGUUCCAACACUGUUCUACGGUUUUUGAGAGAAGAUCGUGAAAUUCUAACCACCAGUAAGGUUUUACUUCAUGUAUCCUUCGGCUGUAUCUAUGACCUGGUUUGAUUUUGUUUGAUCCGUCUCUGGGCUAAUAUUUUUGCUUAAUAAUUAAUUAUGGAAGUUAAUGAUACCCAAUACUCAUGGUACAUAAAGUAUUUGAACACAAAUGGAGUAUGAUCGAGACAUACAUGGUAUGUACAAAUAACACCGUUUAGAAGGUCAAUAAACUUUUAAAGGCCAUUGCUACUUCCUGUAUAAAUCAAAUUCCGUUUCGCUUAGCCAUUCAUCAUACUAAUACUUUCUCAAUAGAUUACUUUUACAAGGGCCAUUCAGUUCAAACAAGAUUAAAAGACACGCUUGCAGAAACAUGCCAAAUUCCCAACUUUUGUUAAACUCAAUCUAUUUUAUUAAACGCAACUACAAAGGGCUUGGAAGUGUUUUAAUCAGAGUUGUGUUUUUAAAUGCGUCUGGCUGGCGACAUGGAAAUCAGUUCAUCACCUCAAACAAGACAAGUUGAAUGCUUCAAGGAACUCAGUAGUUAUUGCCGAGCAAAGCUUACGUUUUAUUUACUGAGGUUAAGACUCUCCUGAGCCUACGGUGAAAAAUUCUUUCCAAUUUUACGCAUGAUAAGAGAAGCUAUAUGACCGAUUAAAUGUAGAGCUACUAUUAUUUUUAGAAAGCAAAAGUAAUUGCAUGAGAUGAAAUUGCAAAAAACAAUUUUCUGAUAUCAGUUUUGUUAACCUUAGGAGAGAUUAGUAGUUUCUGGGAAGAAGGAAACUAAAAAGAAUCUGGCUGAUAUAUACCGGGAAACGGUGCAUAACAACUGUCCUACAGCCGGAACCUAACUUGCGAUUAUAGGGAUAGAGAGAGGGCAUGAAAAAAGGCGUUUUAAACACUAUAGUCACAUAUUUAUCUAGCCUGAGUAUCAGGCCUUCCUAAGGGACUAGGGGAGAGGAGAUUUUAGGUAAUAUAUAUAUAUAUAUCUAUCUUCAAUUGAUAUGCACAGUUUCAGUCAACGAGUUAACCUGUUUGCGUUUUUCUUCUGGUCGGUAUCUUGUGUUUUUUCUAAGUCCUGUUGAUAGCCGUAGCUGUUGAUGCUAAUGCAAUAAUUUAUGGCAGGAUAGAGAAAUGUCUACGUGCUUCAAAUUUUCACACUUUAAGGGACGAUUCGUGCAGAUUGUACUUGAAUCAAUAAAUGCAAUUUUAGAGAGCAAGAUUUUUAAGCAGAACGAAAAAGCUAAGUUAUCCAAAAUAAAAGAAAAAAUUUGAUAACUAUUUUUUUCCAAGCCAUUCGCAUUUUAAAAAUAAUAAUUAUCAUUUAUGGGCAAUGAUACUUGACGAGAAAAAUCUUUGGGAGUCUCUCAGAGGUCAAAGAUGCUCCCUAAGUUUCGAAGAAUUGUUCAUGCGCAGUAAUCGUAUACAUUACGAUGGUAUACAAAUCCGUCGAAAACCAAAAGUUCAGUUUUAUGUAUAAAUGCUGCUGGUCAAAAAAAUCUCACUUUUUGUUUUUGGGCUCACGAGGUGGUCUUUUCAUGCAAGAGUCACAGUUUAGUGCAUAAAAACCUUCUAAGAGUUGCGUAUCCCGUACGUACUCGAUAUUUGUUUGCUUAAAAGUUAAGCUGUCCUUUAAAGCUUAAAGUUUCUACAAAACUAAUGACUUAACAGUCGCGCAGUGAAAACUAGCUGUAAAAUGACUGAGUCCUUUCCUCAAACGUCAUACGGUCCUCCCUUGAAGCUACAGAUUUGCGGAUUUCUCUGCAAGUUCCAAGGUUAUUGUUUUAAGUUAAUUAUAAUUUCAUAAACGGGAGCUUCGCUUUUGGCCUUGGCUAAAUCUAUGUAUAAUCUGCAUGAGAGGGCUGGCGGUCACAGUAUAUUCCGAGGGUGAAAACAAGGAACAGACGGCGAUGUUUCCUGCAGGUUUUGCUAGUAAUCUUUGCUUGAUAUCGCGCUGACAAAUUGCAACAAUAGUUGAGGUUAGAGAGAUUAAAACCGGAACCAAUAAGUGCUAAAAAAAACCGCAAUGGCCAGAAUUUCUUAUAUUAAAUGAUAAGAAAUUUCCGCUUGUUUUCUAAUUUUUCCAAAACAGCGAUUAUCUACAAAAAAGUCUGACUUUGAUUUAUUGAUCAUAGCGCCCUCAAACCGAGAAAUCAGUGUACGAAGUCUAAAAUGAAAAAGUCUUUAAGAAUAUUGCAAAAAAUAACUUUAUGACAGCUAAUGUUGUGUACGUUAAGAUACUUAAAGCUAGUUUUCCGCUCGUUUCGUAUCUUAAAAGAAUCCACAGUGAAUACCAAAUUCGCUGCCAAAGUUUCGCUCUCAGAACCAACAUCAGCCCAAAUAGAUUUUAGCUCAAAUAUUCGCAUUUUUCUCCUCACUUUCAAGCAAAAAAAUUUAGUCGAAGACCUAUGUCAUGCAAAACUGACCAUCGGAUUUACGCAAUGUGGUUCAUCGUCUCCCAAAUUGGAACGGGGCAUUUUAGUCUUCAAAAAGUAAUGAUUUAACAUGUUUUUUUCUGGUCAGGUAAGUUUACAAAGGAUGGGAAGAUUGCAAAGUCGCAACCCAUUUUACAAUUUUCGUAAAUAUUCGAAACAGCGACCACGGUUCACUUGGCAGCAUCUGACUGUGCGUGUCGUAAUGUCCUAAUUAGUAAAAGUUUUGGGAGCGUACGUUGUUUGUGGUGCAUCCGGGGUUUAUUUCCGCAACUUUGACAAGUGUUGACCAACUUCAAUAGUUGCGUCACGUAUGCGGCUCUUUUAAAAAAUCCUUCAUUCAAUAAAAUCUCAGCAUGAUAAAUUAGCGUUUCCCAACAUCAAUGUACCCGGCAAACUGUAUUAAACCGCCAACCAAACCGAACAAUGUUGCGCCGAAUUCUGACUUUGUACUCUCUUGUUUAGCGUAGUCAAGAGUCUGCGAAAGUGCUGUCAUUAAAACAGUAAACUUUAUUUUAAUUGCGAGAAGCAGCUUGUUUGCGUUUCUCUUCUUUAAGGCUUUUCUUAAGUUUAAGAUUUACGGCAUUUGUCAAAUCCAGAAUACAUGUAUUUACUGAAAAGAGUGACGCAUACGCGGCGAAAUAGACGAGCGCUAAUAAGACUGUAUAAUUAAUGAGGUGUUACAUCUUGCAGCGAAUUUAUAGCAAACAUUGUCUUGGUCGAGUUAAGAUCAUAAAUCAUGACAAUUAUUGAAGACACCAGGUAAAACAAAAGUACUAGAGUGUUGUUGGCGUAUUUGAUCGUAUAUGAUUCCACCAUAGUAUGUGUUAAAGGAUAAGAAAAGCUCAAAUCUGCGAAAAGAGCCUCCCUGAUGAUCUAACCUUCGUGGCCUGUGUUCCUCCCUUUUCCCUUUCGAACUUUUCACUCUCACCCUCCCCUUUUCUUUUUUGCGCCUGCGCCAAACAGACUACUGAUGAUCCGGUCUCCUUCGCAGCCGCUUGGGCUGGAGUCCCGCAAUGCUCCCCGCCCCCGUGCCAUGCAUAUGACCGUUCGUGCAUGCGUAGCUAGCCGGAUUAGCGAGCGAGUUCACAUCAGCUUGCGAGUCAUGUAUAUCCCCCGCUACGCAUGGGCUAUAGUAUUCACUUCAACAACUGAAUUGACAAUAUGUUGACUGUUACAUGAAAAUUCAUGUAUGUAAGGAAGAUUUGAACAAAUUAUAGCUGAUUUAAAAACACAAGUCACUACAACCUCGUUCCCAGGGUUCUCUACUACCUACCUGGGAACGAGGUUGAAGUCACAAGUCAGCAAGUCAAAGCGAAGGAUCACAAUUAGUUAAAAACUUUCAGUUAGCAUAGAAUGGUUUCUAUCCAGUGGUGUCCCCUUGUUUGUAAUUGACUGGUAGUUCUCCAUCUCUCACCCUCGUUUUAAAGCCUUCAGGGUGAAGUAACUUUACCAAUCAGUCAGCCUCAGAUUGAUAACCCGUUCGUUCUGCUUUUCAAACUCUAGCAGUAUCUUAGCCCGCAAGCAAGCUCUUUAUUUCAAAUAACGAGUGAAUUGAGCCGGGAGAGAACGCGCGAACAAGUUGCAAAGCCCAUAAUGAUCUAACCUGGGACCAAGCUCCGCAGUGGGGAAAACGGGAAAAAACAGAUACUGCUAGUCUCGCUUCGCUCGCCAAUUUCUCUCAGUUCGCUUUUUCCCUCGAGCGGAGCCUGGUCCCAGGCUAAUAAGGUUCCUCCAAAUGGAAAUCUUGAACGCAGGCUAGCAGCAGUAACUGACUCUGAUAAGUAAAAAGAUCAGUACAGGGCCCAGGAGCGGAUUUGAGUCCAGGGGCCUGUUACAUUAGACGCCCUAAGAAGUUGUAGCUUCAAAAACAGAAGAGAAUUCCCUUCGAUUAAACCCCUUUAUACGAAGUCUACUUUGAUGUUAUCAUUUUCUUUUUCUUUUUGCCUCAGCUUGUAACUGUAAUUUGCACGCCAGUGCAUGCCUGUUCAACAUGGAGCUGUAUAAACUGUCUGGAGGCCAUAGUGGUGGGGUCUGUAUCCACUGUAGACACAAUACAGCGGGAAGAUACUGCCAUUACUGCAAGGAAGGCUUCUACAAGGACCCUACCAAGGAUAUCACACAUCGUAGAAUGUGCAGACGUAAGUCAGUAUUUCUACAUGAAAGCUUCAAUGAGAUAGAGCCAAGCGCCCAUAUUGUAGUUAAUUUUUUAUUUCAGGUAAUUUUUGUUUUUCUUUUGUUUUUGGGUUUGGUAAUGUAUGCCAAUGAAGUUGAAACAAAAGAAAAUAUAAAAAUUACCUAAAAAAAAAUUAACUGCAACAUAUCCAUUUAUCACUGGUUUUAUCACAUCAUACAGCCAAUAGUAUUUUCAGGAGUGAAUUUCCACUCCGAAGGAUUCCCAGCGGAAGUAUCUCCGAGUACACUAUAUUACUCGUCGCGUCGCGUCGCGUCGCGGUUGUAACCAUAAUCAGUGCGAAAUGAUAAAAAAAUAUUCCCGAACAUUUACACUUAAAAUAGAAAAUAAGUACUUAACAAGCCGAACACAGAGAGCGCCAGAAAAGAAUCAACAGAUACGAGCACAAUGGAGGGAGGCGUUUCCGCAUUCAACGUUCGGUGUGUACUAGGAAAGCACUGCAGAAUAAAGAGGAGCAGAGAUAUUACAUUUCUGUCCCAAAAGGCGUCUAAUUGAUGUCUUUUAACUGAUGCCACUAUCUUGACUGUCUCCAUUAACACUGAUUAGGGAAUUAAACUAAUCCGCUAAUAAGAUCGAUGGCACGAAAUAAAAAUUAGGACGAUGUGAUCAAAUGACGGAAGACAUGUAAUUACUUCUUCGCAUGUUGUAUCGUUCAAACACAAAGAGGGUCUCCUGAUCGUUCUUAAUUCAUAAAAGGUUGUCGUGUCUUGCUUCUGCAAUACACUGCGACCUUAUUCAGCUUGUUGUCUUUAAGCCCUCUAAAUGUUAAAUGAAACAACGGCCAAUAUAAGAUACUUUGUUCAAAUUAUUAAUGGUAGCACCUUAAAACUUAUCGCACGUUGUUAUCGCUGUUAUUCAAGUACUCAAGGUGUUGGUCAUUAUAUUUCCAUUCCAAAUAACCCUAAUGGCGAAAGAGCGUAUGAUGUUAGGUCACAUAAACAGAUUAUAGAAUUUGUAAAUCCAGUAAUUGUUUUUAUAGCCAAUUGGCAGAAGAGACCUUAGAUUUUGAAGGCGUUCAAUUCCACUUAAAUUUAAAAUUUGGGGUCAAUAUGUGAUAACCUUUAAUGAGAUCAAAGAGAGUAGUGGUUGCCACUUCAUGCCAAUAAGAAGUAUUUGUUAUAUUCAAAACCAGUUUAGUUUGAGGAAUUUCUUUGGGGGCGGGGGGGCGGAGGAAGGGGAGGCUCCACCCCGCAGUCCAACCCUUACCCUUUUAAAUGCCAUUUUUGAUCGCAAAGGAAACAAUUUCGUAUACCUUCCAUUGUCAAAAGGUACCCCUUUUACAUACCUUGUUUAGAACUUUGCAUCCCUUUUAACUGCUGUAAAUGCACUGUCUUAACAAUAUGAAUAUUUCACAAAACCAGAACAUUUUCAUGACUUUUUCACAGCCAUGAAAUGUAUCUGUUAGCCCUUUUGGGCUUUUUUACAAACCGAAAUGACAGGAUUUUGCUACCCUUUCAUAUAAUUCAGCUAGUGAAAUCACUACGUACCCUUUUAUAUACCUGAAGCCUGAAAAAGUUAAAAGUUACCCCUUGCGGGCGGAGCCACCCCUUAUAGGCCAUUAUAGGGAUUUUCCUCCUGAGGGCAGAAUUAGUAUUCUUGUCCAUCAUCAAGGGCAGGAUUAAGUCUUAAACUAAAGACAAUUCUAAUAAAGGCGUGACUUGGACCGAAUUAAAAGUACAUCUCUCUUAUCUUUUUAGCAUGUAACUGCCAUCCGCAAGGAUCCAUGGGAAGGGUAUGUGACCAAAUCACGGGACAGUGUCCAUGUAAGGAAGGCGUGACUCGAAGAGCUUGUGACAAGUGCGCCGCUGACUACGAAACCACAAAGAAUCCUAUAGUCCCCUGUAUAAGUAAGUAUUUACUUUUCUAGGCCUGACCGAAGUAUGACGUAAUAAUUAUUUGUUUUUCCGACGACAAACUGCAUGCUCAGGGAACAAACUACGAAUCCAAAGAACUUACUACCAAAUUAAUGUGCCUAAUUAGGUCUACAUUGAAAAUCAACAGACAGAAAAGAGUCCAACUGGUUCACGUGGUAUUUUUGCUUAAUUCUCUUUCCAGAAACGCCCAAUUCAGUUAUGUCCAUACAGCCCAAGGAUUCAAGUAAGUUUAUUUACUAUGGCCGAAUAUCACCCGUAGUUGACCGAACAGCGUUUCACUGAGCAAAAUGAUAGCUUUUUGAUAACAAAAAAAACCCGAAAAGUUACGUUGGCUUUGAAUCUUCAUCUCAAGUGAAGAGAUGACUUCAACUCAAUAAUAAGAAAGAUACAGACAUCGAUACAGACACAAGUUCACAAAAAGUGAACCUUGACAUACAGUGCUGAUUACAACUCAAUAAUGAGAAAUAGAGAUUACAAUAUAUAAGCUCCUUUAAACGCUAAUACCGCUCCCUAGAUACCGUUACUAUGCAUGGUAACUUGUCAAAAAAUGCCAAUAACGUGUUAAGCAUGCUUUCAAUUGCCGUUACGCCAACUAGAAUGGACUGGUAGUUGUGAUAGUAGUAUUGAUGUAACAAAGGAGAAUUGCUGAAAAAAGCUGAAAACUGUUGACAGCCUUUAAAAAGAGGACGCAGCCGAAAGGCAAGGUCUGCAAUGCGUCACAGAGGCAGAUAAAUCAGACACAAAACAUCAACGUUCAAUAUAAAGCUCCCUUGUCACUAGACUGAAAGAAAAGUCAUUUCUAGCUGUGUCCCCUUAAAUUCACUUUAACUACGCUCUGGUUCCUACCUGGUGACUUUUAACCAUGUGUCCAAGUUAAUAAUCUAAUAUUUUUUUCUUUUUCUCACUGCAGCAUGUUCCCAGUGCAAGAAAGUUGGGAUGUCAGGAAAGAAAUUUUGUCGCAAAGAUUUCGGUGAGAGGAGUUUCCAUAAAUAUGCGCUUAAGUUCACCUUUGAAACGAAAAUUUCUUGUAGAAUCCGCCUCAAUCUGUUUUCGUUUGUUUCUUCCUGGACGAUGUUUUUAAUCUACUUCCUUUCCGUUUUCAAUUCAGCUAUGAAAGUAGCAGUUCUUGGCUUGGAUAAAACAACAGAAGGGGAAUGGGUUCGAGUAACCGUAAACGUCAUGACUCGAUUCAAGAGGUCAUUGGUUCGUGUGAGGCUUGGAAAUGAAUUCCUUUGGAUCCCACGCCGUGACUACAAAUGCAAAUGCCCCAAACUGCGACCAGGCCGCCAUUACUUGAUUGCGGGUUCAGUCAGAUCAACUCGACGAAAAAAGUCCCUUGUGGUGGACCACCGUAGCAUGGUGGUCUCGUGGAAUGCAAGUAUAAACAGAAAGUUGGAGAGAAUUAAGAAAAAAUGUAGGAAAAAGAGUCAGUGAACCGUUAUACUUAAUCCAAGCAACAAUUGUAGCCUUAUCCUACACGAGAACAAAGUUAAACAAGCCACACUGCCAUUGGGGGCAAAGGGUGCAGGAAAUACUUUACGAGCGUGCAAACGCUGCAUAAAUAGAACCUUGGCGUGUGAUGUGUGCCACGCUCAUGUCUGGUGUAGUACGAAUUCGACUAAUACUAGAACUUCCGAAACGUACAAGCUCGCACUGAGAGAAAGGCCCGGUUCAGACGCCGAACUUUUCAUGAG